GGUGUGGUGUGGGGGGUGAGUCUAGCGUGGUGCUGGGUGCUGGCAAGGCAAGGUCUCUCGAGUGCGUCGUUGUUGGUCGUGGUGCGUCGAGGGUGUCGUUAAAAUAGCACUCGCGAGAAUAACGCGAAAUAAUACGGCGAGAUGGCUGCCCGCUCGGUCCUUAGGUACCUGAAACCCAAGCCCAUAAUAUUCCAGAGCCAUCGAUGCGCCUCUCUGUCCGCCUUCGACAUCCAGCACAAGACCCCCACUAUAAAGAAGGUUAUGCCCAUACCAAAGGCCCAUUAUGGUGGAAGGCACACCGUCACUAUGCUGCCCGGAGCUGGCAUCGGACCCGAGUUGAUGGGUUAUGUAAAGGAGGUUUUUAAAUACGCUGGCGUACCGGUGGACUUUGAGGAUGUUGAGAUUGACCCCAACGCGGACGACAACGUCGAUCUGGAUUAUGCAAUUACAUCGAUACGCAGGAACGGAGUGGCCCUGAAGGGAAACAUAGAAACGCGCAGUACGGAGACUGACGUCCGCUCUCGAAAUGUCGCUCUGCGAAAUGAGCUUGACCUUUACGUGAACGUGCUGCACUGCGUCUCUUAUCCAGGCGUGAACUCGCGCCAGAAGAAUAUCGAUAUCGUUAUCGUGAGGCAGAACACCGAGGGCGAGUACUCCAUGUUGGAGCACGAGAGCGUUAGCGGCGUGAUCGAGAGCAUGAAGAUUAUCACGAAUUCCAACUCGGAACGCGUCGCUCGCUACGCGUUCGAGUACGCCAAGAGGAACGGCCGCAAGAAAGUCACGACGGUCCACAAGGCGAACAUCAUGAAGCUGUCGGACGGGCUUUUCUUGGAGAUCUCGCGCAGGGUCGCCAAGGAUUACCCGGAUAUCAUCCACAACGAUAUGAUUAUCGACAAUUGUUGCAUGCAACUCGUAUCGAAUCCGCACCAGUUCGACGUCGUGUUGACGACCAAUCUGUACGGCGCCAUCGUGUCGAACGUGGUGUGCGGCUUGUUGGGCGGCGCUGGUCUGUUAGCCGGCAAGAACUAUGGCGAUCAUUACACGAUCUUCGAGCCGGGCACUCGUAACACUGGCACCAGCAUCGCCGGCAAGAAUAUCGCGAAUCCCAUCGCGAUGCUGAACGCCGCGGUCGACAUGUUGCGUCAUCUGGGCAAUAAGCAUCACGCCACCGUCAUUCAGAACGCAAUUAACAAGACCAUUAAUGAAGGGGUGCAUACUCGCGAUCUCGGCGGCACCGCGACGAGCAGAGAGGUUGUCGACAAUAUCCUCAAGCACAUCAAAAUCGCAACCGCUUAAGAAGACUGAAAAUUAUUAUCUUAGCCGAAAUCUCUUGUAGCAACUGUCCGUGGAAAGUGGCGAGUUUGAAGUACAUAUACCAAGAAUCUUGUGUGAUUUUUAGUGAGAUAACGUAUUACUAAAGAAUAUAUUAUAUACGCGAUAAGCUAGUUAGUCAAUUGUCAAUUGCAAGAUAAGGAACGUUCCGACAAUAUGCGGUAACGAGAUUUCGUCUAUUGGCUCGAAAACUGCGAAAUAUUUCUCUCAAAUCAUUGUUCUUGGAUAAUUCGGCGGUUUUUAGCUUUGCUAUAGAUCACAAACAUUGAAACAUGCGUUCUACAAUAUCCUACUUGUUGAAUAAUCGGAAUUUUAUAAAAUAUUUGCUGUACAUUGUAAGUAAUAGCAGUUCCUAUAGAUGAAUUUACCAAAUAUUAUCACUGUGAGAGUAACUUGUAUGAAAUGUGAAGUACUCGUUACACACCUUACCAUUAAAAGAAUACUCACUGGUAUUUGUAUGCGUAAGAAAGGUACGAUCAUAAUUUAUUAAGCUGACAAAUAUUCGUAUGCCGCCUUAGUACAAUUUUAUUUAGUUGAACUAAUAUCAUGACACAAGAUGUAAAAUUACACUUUACUUUUAAGAUAAAAACGUUAUAUUGUAAAGUGUACAUACCGCCGCGUUCAUAAAUAAAAUGUAUAAAUUUA